CGAAAGAUAGGAAAGCAAACAAAUUUCAGGCCCGCCGCGUCUAGCAAAAAUAUGAGAAAAAAAUUAUUAAAAAUUCGGAAAAUAGUUCAAAGUCAAGAAAAACACAGCAAAGGGGAUGCUGAAGCGCCCAGGUCUUAUAAAUCCAGACGAUGUUGAGGACAAAAAAAACGGAUAAGGUACCUACAUCAGCACAGUUUGGGAAGUGCGCCCCUAUCCAUGAAACUGGUCUGUCCUAAGGUGCCAUGGCCACAGGAACGCAGGGCCACCUAGACCAAGGUGUGGAGAAAGCAAAGCUCGCACCACCCAUGGGGAGGCGCAGAAGAGCAGAGGGAAAGCCAAAAAGGAAUUUCCCUUGCCAGGACUGCCAGAAAGCUUUCAACAGUCUGGAGAAGUUGAAGGUGCAUUCUUACUCUCACACCGGCGAGAGACCCUACUGCUGCUCCCACCCCGGCUGCACCAAGGCUUUCGUCUCCAAAUACAAGUUGCUAAGGCAUAUGGCAACUCACUCACCAGAAAAAACCCACAAGUGUUCAUACUGUGAAAAAAUGUUUCACCGCAAGGAUCACUUAAAGAAUCACCUGCACAUCCAUGACCCAUAUAAGGAGGCGUUUGCAUGUCAGGAGUGCGGAAAGAGCUACAACACCAAGCUGGGCUUCAAGCGCCACCUUGCCCUUCACGCUGCCAAUAGUGGAGAUCUCACCUGCCAAGUGUGCCUGCAGCCCUUCCCUAGUACCGGAGUGCUUCUGGAACACCUCAAAAGUCAUGCUGGCAAGUCCUCGGGUGGGGCCAAAGAGAAAAAGCAUCACUGCGAGCAUUGCGAGCGGCAGUUUUAUACCCGUAAAGAUGUCCGGCGUCACAUGGUGGUUCACACGGGACGUAAGGACUUCCUGUGUCAAUACUGUGCUCAGCGGUUCGGGAGGAAGGACCACCUGACGCGUCAUGUUAAGAAGAGUCACCCUCAGGAACUGCUGAGGGUGAAAACUGAGCCAGCUGAUUUGCUGGAGCCUGUUGUCUAUGACUUGGUAUCCGGGGGCGUUAAGGGAGAACUCCCGGACACGCUGACAACAACGCCACAUCGGCACAACUUUUAUACCGGCCCCAUCCUGGACUCGGAGCCUUUCUCCAACGCUGCACACCUGCUCUCGUUAAAAUACCCGUUGGGCUCCAACAUUACCUCAUACACUGUCUCCUCACAGGAACGGGAGCAGAAUCUAAAGGGAGAACUGGAGAGCUAUCUAUUGGAGCUACAGAGCGGCAUGCCCUCCUCGUCCUCUGCGGCACCAGAACCGCAACUCCCUAUCUGCAAACUUGAGACGGGCGAUCGUGUGGACAUGCUGGAAGAAUCAAGUGAGGAAAGGUCCUUGUCCAAAAUUGCCACAUCGGUGGCAACAGCUGCUUUGGCAAGCGACUCACUCGCCUCGUCCUCCUCCCUGAUGGACUUCUCGCAGCUUUUCAACUUCUUACCGCUACACGGGCCCCUCUACAACCAUACAGGGGGCAGCGAGGGGCAGCACACACUGAACGAAGAGAACGUACAUCUCCACCUGCCCCCCGAGGCCUCCGAAGGCCCAGAGGCUGCGCAGAGUCCACUUCAAAGCCAAGCCUCCUUUAUUUGCAACUUGAGCACACCCACCACAUUGCCCCGCUUCCAUCAGGCUUUUCAGUGAUCCGGGAAGGUUUGAGCAUGACACACACAUUACAUACUGUCACGUACUGAGCAGUACGUUCAUCGCAGGGGCUACAUUACAGACACGCCAGCAAUAUCUGAAAAUACGCGUUGCAGAGAGACCGUGUAGUUUUACCACUCCCGUAUGCUUUAAACACAUUUCAACUAAUUUAAAUGCAUUUACAUUUUUCAAAACACACUAUUUUAAGUAUCCUAAGUGCCUGUUCUCACGCUCUUGCUGUCAAGAAAUGGGAAGCUAUGGUGUAACAUCACUUUUAUGACUCGCUCACCCUCCAAACCGGAGGCAAGGUGUACUUGCUUCAAGCUGUUUAUUUCUCACUCCCAGUUGAAGUGUAUUGUAAAACUGAUGCGUAAUUAGGAUUCCCACACAGUUUCUAGGCAGAGUACACGCUGUUCCAAUGUUUCUGGCUCCAGGAGACGCACCGCUGCACUGUCAUUGGCUGUUGUAUCUCUGGAGAACACGCCCUAUUGCUUCGAGACAGGAAAAGAAGUAUGUGACUUAAGUGUGGCGGCGUUAAUAUGUUUCCGACUAACCCUAAUCCUAACCUUAACCCAUCCUAAAUCGCCUUAAACCCCAACCGUUGCUCCAAACCUAACAAUAACAAGCUUUUUUUGUUUUUGUUUUUUCGUACCAAUGUGAUACAUGUUUGGGAUGGCCAUCUCGUUCCAUCUGAGCAGUCUGCCCUUCCCGUCACGUAGGAACCAAUCGUGUUGCAGCAGGGCGUGUCCUGCCUGGAAACUAUGUGGGAAUCCUAAUAAUGCAAAACUGACAUAAAAAACAAAAUCCUUCACUGAUAGGUGGGUUGUAUGGCCCCUCCCCCACUAUACAUGAACUUGGGCGCCUUCGUGCACAUCAGCGGUUAUCCGUCGCAAUUGUGAACGGCUUAGACAUUAUUACUAGGCCUAUUUAUAUCGCUAUAGCAUUAAGUUAGCUAGCUAGCUAUGCCUGCACCCUGAAAAUGCAUCUUCCCGAAAUGUCACAAUUUACAGAACAGCUCGUGUUAUUAUUUCAAUUCCCAAGCGAAGAGGUGACAUCGUGGACGAGACUUUCGCCUGUCCACUGGCCAAGUGAACCCCGGAAGUCUGUUAGCUUGCGAGUUAGCUGUUGGCUAGCGCCUCUCGUCAUGGCGUGGAAAGCACUGUGACCACCGGGUGAGAUAUAUUCCAGCCACCAGAGGCUUGAGCCGGAUAUAUUUUUGCUACUCAAACAUGUGUAGGCAGAAGAAAGUGAAUGGACAAAGUAUCGGCCAUUUUUCAGCGGAGCAAGGUUUCACGCAGUCAGCGGACACACACCCAGUGUAAUUCUAAAACUUUUAAAACAGCUUCCACUUUAGCAGCAACACAUACAAACAUAGCGUGCAACAUUACCCACAGAUAUAUUUUCAUUCUUCUCUGCGGAAACAACCACUAUUACUGGAGUUUAGUUGGGGACCUUCUCUGCCUCUUUUUGCUCUUCUUCUAUUAUGCUGAUAAUUUUGAUAAUAUGUUGACAAAUCAUUCCCGCAAGCAGGCUUUGUUAAUAAUUUCAAUUUACUGAAAAACAUUUUAAAUUUGUUUUUACAAGAAUGUGUCUAUGGGGGGGGGGGGGGCACCGCUGGUUUUGUACACAUUCAGCACUGUCAUUAUCUUUUCACCAUCAUUAGCAAAGCCUUGUGUCAAGAGUGCAAUAACGUUUCAGUGAAAUAAAGUAACUUAAAUGUCUGCCGUGAAUACAAUCCAACAGGAUUGCUCGACAAUUUUACAAACUGUUAUAUAAACAAAACCAACUACAGUACAAUCACAUUCUCAUUUUAUGAAUUUGCCUUUCGGGAUGUGGAUAUUUUUCAAAAAAUAUAGACAUGAGUAAUUGCUAUGUUUUAUUAAUUUCACUUAGGCAUUCUUUGUACAUCUUUUUUUUUUUUUUGCUUGCUUGCUAGCUUUUGCAUUUGACUUAAUUUGCAGAAGGUUUCUUAAUGACCAGGCUGUAAUAUUGAUAUUGCCAUAUUUGAUAAUACUUCGAAAUCAUAGACUAAAAACGGCUGCUGACAAUUUUACUUGAUCAAGAUAAUCCAUUCCUGUAAUUCUGCUUUCACCUAUAUCAGUGCACGUGCUUAAUUCUGAUAUAUUAUUAAUAUAAUCCAAGUAAAGCAAAAUUUCACGUGGAGGCUAAUAGCUGCCGAAACUAGAGAAUAUUCUCGGACUAAAGGUGGAAAGGAAAAAAAAUGGGAGUAGUAUUUAAAAAGGCUUUCAAAUAAAUAAUAAACAACACAUUUCACAUUAUUAAGGACGGGGUACGAAGAACUACUGAAUAAUUAGUAUUAUUAUCACAGUUAUACAUUUCGAUUUCCAUUUUUAAUAGAUUUUUUUUUUAACUUUGACAGUUCCAAAAGUAAUGAAAUGUGUUUGAGAAGCUUUGUUAAGCUUGUUAAGUUGUCCCCUAAACCAAAGAAAAUCAAACAUGACAGCGGUAGAACUCGCCGCUAGCUGCUGAAACAUUACUGUAGCCUGUAGGAUGUUUACAUCUCACCUCAAUCAGCUAAUUACUCUUCACCAAUAAAAUCCCUGGAAUAACUACAAUUGAUAUUUAAACAGUCCUCUCCAUCAUGCUGUUUCCAUUUUGACAUCAUGAGACUGAGACGACACUCGCCAUUGCGAUGAUUCAAACACGAUGUUCUUAGGGGGAAGUGGCCACUGACUUUAGAGUGCCACAGUGUCAUCAGCGGGUUGCAACAGAGAUACUGGAAGAGUCACAGAAAGGCAUAAAAGUUGAUUCAUGAAUCAAACAUCUUUUGUGGAUUUUGCCAUUCGGCUCCUUGUUAGAGAACAACAAGUUGUGCAAAAAGUACUGAAACACUGAACAAUUGGACAUCAGCAUUCAGUAGUUUAGAGAAGGUCAAAUUAAGUUCACCAGGAAAGACUAGAUUGCAUUUUAGGUUCAUCCUGAAAUUGUAUUCAUGCUUUGAAUAUACUGAAAAACCAGAUUGUGUUGAAGAUUAAGAGAACCUAAUUAUGUUGUACAUACUUACAAAAUAAUUUAAGGCAUAAUAUGUCAAACUCAGGCCCAGGGGGCCAAAUUUGGCCCACGAUGUAAUUAUAUGUGGCCCGCAAGACCAUAUUAAAUGUAUAUUAGAGCUGGCCCGCCAGUAUAUAGCCAAUAAUAUUACAAAUCCCAGAAUGCUUUGCUAGUGCCCAUCAGUCUAGAGCGCCCCUUCCCUUUCUGUUGCAGUCGUUAGCAACUAUGCUACUAGUCUCCUCGAGCAAAUUUACACUUCUCCUUACCAAAAAUGACCAAACGAAAGAUGGAAAACAGUUAACUUCCAAGACAGGUGGGAGGCAGAUGAUCUGUUGACUAAAGUAAAAGACAGACCUGUUUGUUGUGUGCGGACCAACGUGGCUGUAACAAAGAAUAUACUAACAUAAUUGAAUUAAUGUUUUUUUUUUUUUUUAUGCCCUUUAUCAACUCCUAGGCAGGGACUGUUAAUAGUUUGAAGUUUGGAUUUUAAUGAAAGGAGAUUCUUAUUUUUUGGGAUUGUUUUGUUGUUGGCCUUUGAAAAAAGAUUUACAUUAAAAAGAAAGGUAGUUGGGGAUAAAUAAAUAGAAGAUGGAGAGACAGUAGAAUUUGUUAUCUAUUUGAAUACAAAACAACAAACAAAUACCACUGAUGUCUUUUAUCGCAAAUUUGAUUUCUCGUGUUUAUAAUAUUGAAGUUUGUUUAUUCCAGAUUCAGUGUUUGAGCGAAAUUUAAGUUUGUUGUCAAUGAUAAACUUUAACGCUACAUUUUUGCAGAAAAGGGAAACAUGCACAUAGCAGGGAUUUUUCAUUAAAUAUUGAGUUUGGCCCUCGACGUUGUCCCAAUUUUCAAUUUUGGCCCACCGUGAAUUUGAGUUUGACACCCCUGACUUAGUUGACGGGUGCCACAUUUCAUCAAAACAAUAGUAAUGCUCGGUAGCUAGUAAUGUGUUGCCAGAUCUGCCUUUGCUGUCAUUUGAACAACAAAUUGGCCGAUAGGAAAUUUGCUGAACAGUCAUACACUUAUCAUGAUUGAUGCCUUAGAAUUUGUAAUGUAACUUGUUUCCGAACGGCUAAAGCAUGCCCAGCAGAUCACCCGCACUUUGUAAAUAUGAAUGUUUAAAUUAAAAAAAAAAAAAAAAGCAAUUACAUUUCAUAGUUGAAUGUUGCCAUCAUUUAUAUAUGUAUAAAUUUAAAGCUCAAAGUUUUGCACUCGGUGUACAUGGAAUAGUUACAAUGUAAGAAAUGUCUUAGUACAAUCCACAGAAUGUGUACAGUAUAUUAUAAUGAGAUUUUUCUUUUUCUAUAUUGGAAAUGUAGGUUUUUGUUUUCAAAUCAUUGCGCAUAUUAUAUUGAGCUGUCACCAUGUGUAAUAUAUUUUUGUAACCACCAUGACCUCUCGUUUGUUCCAUUCAUUCAUUACUGUUGUUCCUGUAUGAAGUAACUUAAGCCAACUUUAAAGAUGUUGUUAAGGAGACAAAAAUCUUUUUUAAAACAUUUAUUCAAAUACCUUUGCAAUCAAUUGCUAAAUCGUGAACUGGGCAUUUAGCCCACCGAUUGGUCAUAUGCAAUUUAAAAUGCAAUUUAAAAAUACUUGCAGUGUUAUUAAAACGCCGUUAAAUUAUUAUCAGAUCACUGCCUACUAGCCUGACAACAGCUUAAGGAAAAUUCACAAAGGCACUUAUGGUAUGCAAAUUGCAACAAAAAGAAAUGUAAAUGCUCAUAUAAUGAUGUAUGUAAUUGUUCCGUUUUAUACUUUGGACUGCAAAAAUGAUUUCUACUCCUCUUGUGUUACUAACCAAUAACAUUGCGACAUGAAAUGCUUGACUCACAAUUAACAGUGUUAUCAUUUGCUGUACCUCACACACAUAUUUUUUUUAAUGCUUACAGUAGAUGCUUCAACAAUUCACUUUUAAGUUGCCUUGUUUGUGUCCAUUUGAUUUUCUCAACAAUGGGAUUUGGUGAGAUGUGCUUUUCCUAACGUAGAUUUGAAUUUGUGUUGUUUGGAAGCACUUGGAGAAGUUUGCUAUUAUUAUAAGCUUUGUGGUUUUACAAGAAAUUUUAGCAAGCCAAUUUUUCCCUCAAAACUUCAUUUCCUCUGCUUCCUUUUGUUAGAAAGUGUAGUCAUAAAUGUAUAUAUUAUAUUUAGAACAAUAACAUGGUAUUAGAGCAUGAGAUGUUUUACUCUUACAGGUACAAUUUUGACAGUGUUUUGUUUUCCCAUUUUGCUUUACUUGCACAUAUGUGUGUAUUGAGGGGUCGAAAUUAAACCUUAAAUACAUUUAUUUUUCUGACAGGUUUGGAUCUCAGUGUGUCAAAAGUUGAUGAUGAAAAGUUAACAUUUUUAUUUGUGUAUUGUUUUUUUGUUUUUUCUGCCUAAAAGCUGCUAGAGGAGAAGAUUACCAAACAGCAUUUGUAGGUGGCCGGGAUGAAAGACCUAAUUGCUGGUGAUGCAAAAAAAAAAGCACACUUUAAAAAAAACAACAACAUUUGGAUGAAAUCAUUAUCAUAAAAAAUAAAAGUAGAUGCUCUCACUUCAUGCCACACCUCUUUAAAAGCCUCAGUGGUACCAGCAAAAUGUUUUGAAUGUGUAUGGAAGAAACACUGCAAUAUUGCAAUAUAUUUUUUUAUUGGAUCAAGCUGCUAACAUACUUCUAAAGCUCCUUAAGGUGCUACAGACCUCUUUUAUAGUUUUAGAAUGUAUUGUUUGUUUCAAAGUAUUCAUUCUAGCAGAGCAGCUGGCAUGUGCGCGACUGAUUGUACGAUAUAUCUUCAUAUAAUUUUACUGUACUGUGACAAGUUUAGUCUUUGUUUUUACAAAUUGUAUCUCACAAACAUCCCCAUAUAUUUGUCCCCACUUGUGUCUUUUAAUAAUGGGAAGUUUGUCAUUGGGAGAGCUAUAAGCAAAAGUGAAGUUCCUUUUUAUUUUUGUGUGUGUGGGGGUGGGGAGGGGGUGAUGAUGAUGUAUAUGUGACAACAUUCAAAUGAAGAUGAAAUCUAUUCAAUGAAUGCAUUCCAGCCAUGUUCGUAUUUUUGUGUUGCAUUAUAACAAUACCAUCCAAUAGCAAUGAUGGAAUUGAUUGACUGAAUGAUGGUAAUUCUCAAUAUUUAACUAAAAAUUCUAUUUUACAAACUACUGCUAUAAUUUUAUUUUUUUUAGAAAUAUAAGCAAUGUGUGUGUAUAUAUAUAUAUAUAUAUAUAUAUAUAUAUAUAUAGCGAGAGAUAUAGAUAGUAUGAUUAUAUAUUCUGCAUAUGGAUGCACGUAUUUACCGUUUGUAUGUACGUGUAUAUACACGUGUGUGUGUGUGUGUGUGUGUGUAUGUAUACAUGUGUAUAUUUACACACAUGCUCAGUGUGCCUAUAUAUACUGUACAUGCAAAAACAUGCAAAUGCACUAUAUAUAUAUAUAUAUAUAUAUAUAUAUAUAUAUGAACAUGUGCAUAUGUUUGUGUGUAUAUAUGUAUAUAGUGUUGUAUGUGUAUGUAUAUAUAAAAUAUAUAUACAGUAGCUAGAUAUAUGAGAUAUGUUUGUAGUCAUUGUAAAAUAGAAGUUUUGUUUUUUUUAAAACACUGACAUAAUCCAAAGAGGCAGAUUAUUUAUUUUAUUUUUUUUUGCAUAAUAACCUGAUUUUUAUUUCCAUACCUUGCUGCUAUUAAAAAGGGGUGACGUUG